AUGCAGCAGACGGUAAAGCUAGAAUUCCAGCAGCCAUCGUCGCUGCUCUUCCUCGUCCUCGCCGGCCUCGCAUACCUCAUAUACCGCCGCGUGGCCCAAUACCUGUUCUCCCGCCGACGAGGCUGCCAAAAGGCGAAGAGCAGAGCACCCGUCAAAGACCCGUAUUUUGGCUUCGACUUCAUCUACGACUCCAUCUUUGGCGGGUCCGAGGAGAAGUACCUCGAGUCGACGCUCGAGACGUUCCGGCGGCUCGGGGCCACGUACACGGUCAAGCGCUGGUCGUGGGAGGUGAUUUACACGGCCGACGGGCGCAACAUUAAGUACCUUCUCGCGGGGGGGUUCGGCGACUUUGCCCUGCCGCGGCUGAGGGUGGCGGCCAUGAGCACGCUGCUGGGACGGGGCAUCUUCACCCUCAACGGGACGGCGUGGGCCCAUGCGAGGGCGGUGCUGAAGCCCAUGUUUGCCCGGCUCGACAAGCAGGCCGUGACGAGCGCUCUUGAGCCCCAUUUCCAAGCCAUGCUCGGCCGCUUCCCCGGCACAGCCCCCGUCGACCUGCAGUCGCUCUUCUUCCGGCUGGCCAUGGACUUUGCCGCCGACCAUCUCAUGGGGAACCCGGGGUCGGUGCCGGCGGCGGGGGAGCAUGCCAGAGCCGAGCGCUUCGUUGACGACUACAUGGCCUGCUCAAGGGAGGUAGUCAAGAAGCUGAGGCUCGGCCCGCUCCAGCACUUACGGUUCAGUGUGGCUGCCUUUCUAGCCAAGAGGAGGGUGUUCCGGUACAUUGACGACUUUAUCGACGAGGCGCUGGCGCGGGACGGCCGACGAGACCCGGACGGCGCGUCGUCCGGACCAGUGGGGCGGACCGGCCGGGGGACCGGCAGCAUACUGAGCGAGCUGGCGGCCGUGACGCAGGACCGCAAGACGCUGCGGGACCAGGUGUUGCACAUCCUGGUUGCGAGCCGCGAUACCACGGCCAGUGUCUUGAGCAACCUGUUCUUCGUCCUGGCCCAGAACCCGAAAGCGUACCGGCGGCUUCGGAAAGAGGUGCUGGCCGUGGCCGGCGAUGAGAUGCCCACGACGGCGCAGCUGAGGCAGAUGGAGUACGUGAGAUGGUGUGUCGACGAAUCGCUGCGACUCCACCCCGUCAUCCCCGUCAACGCGCGCGAAGCAACGCGCGACACAGCGCUGCCGCACGGGGGCGGCGCCGACGGCAAUGCGCCGCUGCUCAUCCCCCGGGGCGUCGUCGUCAUGUACAACACGUACGCUCUGCACCGCGACGAGGGCGUCUUUGGCAGCCGGCCCGAGGCCUUUGAGCCCGAGCGCUGGCGCGGCCUGCGUCCGGGUUGGGGGUAUUUGCCGUUUAGCGGAGGACCGAGGAUCUGCAUGGGACAGCAGCUGGCGCUAACCGAGGUGCAAUAUAUCGCAGCUCGGAUGGCGCAGACCUUCGAGGCCAUUGAGGGCCGUGGCGAGAGGGAAUGGGUUGAGGUCGAUGCAUUGGCCACGACGUGCAGAGGCGGCGUCAAGGUCAGUCUGCAAAGGGCGCAGGCGCGAGAGCCGUCAUCAUGA